GGCGCCCCUGCAGGACCUGGUCAUCAGAGGUCUGGCCAAGUCUCGUUCACCUCGGACCCGGGAGGUGGCUUUCCAGCUGGCCCAGAACUGGAUCCGCACCAACUUUGACGUCUACGCCAAAACGUCAGCCAUGUAUGAGAAGCCAGAUUUACUGCCACGGGGAGCUCCUGCACCAAGUUCAGAUGGCCAAGCUCUACAGGGAUGACAAGGAGUUUGUGGACAUGCCCAUGAGCGGGGAUCCAGCGCAAAUCCUCCAGCGCUUCGACGAGCUGGCCGCCGCCUACAACCACAGCAUCCCCCGGGACGAGAUAAAGGCAUUUGUCAGCCAAUCCUUCCUGGUCAAGGGGCAGGAACUGGACCCCUGGCUCCCUGAGGACUGGAGAGAGAGACCUCAGCUGCUGUACAAUAUCUCCGACCCCAGCCUUCGAGCCUGGGCAGAGAAGCUGCACAAGCUCUGGAAGGACCUGGGCAAGAAGGUGAAGCCGGAGGUGGGCAGCCAGCCCGAGCGCUUCUCUCUGAUCUACUCGGAACACCCCUUCAUCGUGCCAGGAGGGCGCUUUGUGGAGUUCUACUACUGGGACUCCUACUGGGUCGUGGAGGGGCUGCUCCUGUCUGAGAUGCCCCGGACGGUGAAGGGCAUGCUGCAGAACUUCCUGGCCCUGGUGCAAAGAUACGGACACAUCCCCAACGGGGCCCGCGUGUACUACCUGCAGCGCAGCCAGCCCCCGCUCCUGACCCUCAUGAUGCACAGCUACGUGACUCACACCCAGGACCUGGCUUUCCUACGGGACAACAUCAAGACCCUGGCCUUGGAAUUGGACUUCUGGGCCCGGAACAGGAGCCUCUCCGUGAGCGUGGCGGGGAAGAGCUACGUCCUGAAUCGCUAUCACGUCCCUUAUGGGGGCCCGAGGCCAGAGUCCUACAGCAAAGACGUGGAGCUGGCGGACACCGUGCCGGAAGACAGACGGGAGACUCUCUGGGCUGAGCUCAAGGCAGGGGCCGAGUCCGGCUGGGACUUCUCUUCACGCUGGUUCCUCGGAGGCCCCAAUCCCGACUUGCUCAGCAGCAUCCGAACCAGCAAACUGGUGCCCGUCGACCUCAAUGCCUUCCUCUGCCAGGCGGAGGAGCUGAUGAGCAACUUCUACUCCAGACUAGGGGACACCUCCCAGGCUGAGAAGUACAGAAAACUGCGGGAGCAGCGCAUGGCCGCCAUGCAGGCUGUCCUGUGGGACGAGGAGCAAGGCGCCUGGUUUGACUAUGACCUUGACACUGGAAAGAAGAACACAGAGUUCUACCCAACCAACCUCGCUCCUCUCUGGGCCGGCUGCUUCUCAGACCCAGAGGCCCCAGACAAGGCUCUGAAAUACCUGGAGGCCAAGCAGAUUCUGAAGUACAAGCGUGGCAUCCCGUCCUCUCUCAAGAACUCAGGCCAGCAGUGGGACCUCCCCAAUGCCUGGGCGCCCCUGCAGGACCUGGUCAUCAGAGGUCUGGCCAAGUCUCGUUCACCUCGGACCCGGGAGGUGGCUUUCCAGCUGGCCCAGAACUGGAUCCGCACCAACUUUGACGUCUACGCCAAAACGUCAGCCAUGUAUGAGAAGUAUGACAUUGAUAAAGGCCAGCCAGGUGGUGGAGGGGAGUAUGAAGUUCAGACGGGGUUCGGCUGGACGAACGGAGUAGCCAUGAUCCUCCUGGACCUCUAUGGUGACCAGCUGACGUCAGGAACCCAGAUGGCUUUCCUCGAGCCCCACUGCCUUGCAUCUGCGCUCCUGCUCAGCCUCCUCCUCAGCUUACUGGCACAGUGAUGGACCUCACUGCUGGGUCUGCCUUCGCCUCCCCAGGCUCCCAACUAUUAAAUCUGUAUGAGCCU